UCCCUUCAGGUCCUGUGCUUCGUAAACCACCUUCGUAAACCACCUUCUCUGUUGGGCUUUCCAUGACCAACUAGAACCCCAUAUAGCCAGAGAAAAAGACAUGGGUGGAAGGAAAACCUGAAAUAGAGGGUGGGUUUUAUUCCAUUCUCAUGGUCGCCCUCAACUACCGUGUCAGUUACCUGGUCGGUGGACGAGAAAAGUUUCUCCAAUGACAGCAAAAACUGUUCUUGGAAACUACUGAAGAGUGAAGGUUGAAGAGGGUUUCUAUUUGAGUCAAGUUUGGAACAGCGAUGGAAGAAGGUGAGGAGAUGCCUAAUGGCAAUAAUGCUCAUGAUAUCAAAUCGCUCCUCUUGUCAACAGGGAGGGACUUCCUUGUCCAGAACAACAGCGAACAGGAAUGAGGUAAUUUUGAAUUUCAAUGUUUUGCAGGUGAAAUGUGAUAGUUUGAGUGGUAAGAGCAUUGGACUAUAUUUUUCAGCCUCAUGGUGUGGACCAUGUCAGGGUUUCACUCUAGAUUUAGUGGAUGUCUAUAAUGAACUCUAUCCACAGGGUAAUUUUGAGAUAGUCUUUGUCUCAGCAGAUAAAGAUGAGAAUUCAUUCAAUGAGUAAUUUUCCAAGAUGCCAUGGCUUGCAAUCCCCUUCUCCGACUCAGAGACACGUGAUCAGCUUGAAAAAUUGUUUACAGUGAAGGGGAUACCUUACCUUGUGAUGUUUGAUGGGAAUGGCAAAGUUCUAGGCGAAUCUGGUGUUCAGAUCAUACGUGAUUAUGGAGUGGAAGGGUACCCAUUUACAGAAGAAAGAACCGCAGAACUAAAAGAGCGAGAGGAGGCAGCUAAAAAGGCACAGUCAUUGAGUUCCAUAUUGGUUUCACAAUCGCGGGACUUUCUAGUUUCAAAUGAUGGGAAGAAGGUUCCAGUCUCUGAGCUUGAAGGGAAGACAGUAGGUCUAUAUAUCUCCUGGUCUGGUUAUGGUUCAUGCAUCGAAUUUACUCCAUUUCUAGUGGAGGUUUAUGAGACACUGAAGGAGAGAGGAGAGAAAUUCGAAGUGGUCUUAGUUUCCCUUGAUGAUGUUGAGGAAUCAUUCAGGGAAGACUUUCAGAAGAUGCCCUGGUUUGCAUUGCCCUUCAAGGAUAAGAGCUGUAAUAAGUUGAUUCGAUACUUUGACCUCACGACUAUUCCCACACUGGUGAUAAUAGGGCAAGAUGGAAAAACUCUGAACCCCAAUGUUGCUGAGAUUAUUGAAAAUCAUGGAGUUCAGGCAUACCCAUUCACACCUGAAAAGUUGGAAGAGCUUGCAAAGAUAGAAGAAGAAAGACUAGAAGCACAAACUCUGGAGUCAAUUUUGAUUCUGGGGGAUCGGGAUUUUGUGAUCAGUAAAGAUGGCAACCAGAUUCCUGUCUCUCAGCUUGUGGGAGAGAACAUCCUCCUAUACUUCUCUGCAGAAUGGUGUCCUCCAUGCCGUGUUUUUCUGCCUAAGCUGAUUAAUGCUUACCAUGAGAUCAAGGCAAUAGAUGAUGCAUUUGAAGUGAUUUUCAUAUCAAGUGACAGUGACCAAGCUUCCUUCGAUGAAUUAUUUUCUAAGAUGCCAUGGUUGGCACUUCCUUUUAGUGAUGAAAGGAAUAAGUUUUUAAGUCGUAAGUUCAAGAUUUCUGGUAUCCCUAUUGCAAUAGCAAUUGGGUCCACUGGCAAGAUUGUCACUGAGGAUGCCAUAGAACUUUUGAUGGUUCAUGCAGCUGAUGCCUAUCCUUUCACCAAAGAGCGCUUGAAGGAGUGCAUGGCAAAACUUGAGGAACUUACAAAGGAAUGGCCUAAGAAGGUAAAGCAUGUGCUCCAUGAGGAGCAUGAACUUGUGCUUACUCAAUGUCCAAUUUACAACUGCGAUGGGUGUGGGGAUGAAGGCCAUGGCUGGUCAUUCCAAUGCAAAGAGUGUAACUAUGAUCUCCAUCCAAAGUGUGCUCUGGAGGAAGACAAAAGUGAGAAAGAUGUUGAUGCUGAUGCCAGUGAUGGGUGAUGGAGAGGUUUGCCAUAGAGCUUGAGGAGUUGAUUCUACCAUAAAUUGGCCAAAGAUUUAUUCUUUUCAUAAAAAAUUAGGAUUACUUUUCCGGUUCAUCCCUGGAGUUGAGAACUCAGGGCACUAUGAUCUGCAUUACUUGUUUGGUUGUGGACCUAAUCAUCUUAGUAGUUCUAUAAAAAAAAAAAAAAAAAAUCAUCUUAGUUGAAA